AUGGGUUUGAAAAACCAGACCAGGAGCUCUGAGUUCCUCCUCCUAGGACUUUUUGAAGGAUCAGAAUACCAGCAACUAUUCUUCUGGCUGUUUUUACUCAUGUAUCUAGUUACUAUGAUUGGAAAUCUACUCAUCAUUGUGGCUGUUGGUUCCAGCACUCACCUCCAUACCCCAAUGUACUUCUUCCUAGCCAACUUGUCCUUUGCCGAUAUCAGCUUCAUCUCCACCACAGUACCCAAGAUGUUGGUGAAUAUCAAAACUCAAAAUAAUGCCAUCUCUUAUUCUGACUGCCUGACACAGUUAUAUUUUUUUAUCAUGUUUGGGAUGGUGGAUGAAUUUCUCCUAGCCACAAUGGCAUAUGACCGCUAUGUGGCCAUCUGUUGCCCACUCCAUUACACUUUAGUAAUGAGCCCCCAACUUUGUUUCCUGUUUAUUUCAAUUACAUGGGCUUUUAAUGUUCUUUAUUCCCUUUUACAUACACUGUUGAUGAAUGAGCUAGAUUUCUGUGCCAAAAAUGAAAUUCCCCACUUCUUCUGUGACCUUAAACCCCUGCUGAAGCUAUCCUGUUCAGAUAUUUUUAUUAAUGAACUAAUGAUCCUCACCAUUGGUAGUCUUGUUGGCCUGAUUCCAUUCCUCUGUGUGAUCAUCUCUUAUGUGUACAUUGUCUUGGCAAUACUAAGGAUUCCAUCUGCUAAAGGAAAGCAAAAAGCCUUUUCCACCUGUAGUUCCCAUCUUUCUGUAGUAUCUCUCUUUUUUGGGACUGUCUUUGGAGUCUAUUUUAGUCCUUCAUCCAACCAUUCAGCCCAAAGGGACCUAAUUGCAUCUGUAAUGUACACAGUGGUGACCCCAAUGCUGAACCCUUUUAUCUACAGCCUGAGGAAUAGGGACAUGAAAGCAGCCCUUGUGAGACUAUUUUAA